GAACAUUGGCACUGGCAGUCUGUCGAUGACUCGAUCAUACACCCCGCGCUCGUCGAUGACCGUUCACGAAGAAAAUAUUUGUCUCAAUUAACUCGGGACUAUGAUCUCUGCCUAACGGGCGAGGGAAUUGAGGCCUUACGAACCAGUGCACCGCAUCUAUUGCACGAUCUCAUACCCAAGGCGAAAGUACACGCCCGUGUUGUGCCCAAACAAAAGGAGGAUAUUUUGGUGCAUUUGAAACGUUUGGGUUUUGUGACUCUGAUGUGUGGUGACGGAACCAACGAUGUGGGUGCAUUGAAGCAGGCUCAUGUUGGUGUUGCGUUGUUGAAUGAAGCCGGACCCGCAAAAUCGGAUGGUACACGCACUGCAAUUCAAAAUUCUGGGACCGCUAAUUCAGUCGACCGUCGAUCACAUUCCAAUCACACUUCCUCUACCCGAGGUGAUGAACGCCAGUCUGCGCAAACGCGACUUGCAUCUCAACUGGCUGCCAUUGAGGCUGAGCAAGAUCCGUCACUUGUGCGUCUUGGUGAUGCGAGUAUUGCUGCUCCGUUCACCGCGAAAAUGUCUUCACCAUCGGGAGAAGCUGAAGCUCGUAUGCCUGUCAAGGAAGAUGACUUCGUGGAUGUUCACGCGGAAUUCGAACCCUCCAUAUUGAACACUGUGGUCUAUCUGAUUUCUACUAGUAUGCAGAUUGCCACCAUCGCGGUCAACUACAAAGGUCAUCCCUUUAUGGAAUCACUGUUGGAGAACAAACCAAUUGUUGUCUCUCUCGGAGUUGCAACAGGUGGUGUAAUCCUCCUUGCUCUGGGCAUGUUUGCCGAACCUCUUCGAUUGAUGCGAUUGGAUCCACAGCUUCAAAAGGUGUUCUUCCAGGCGGUGGCAUUCGAUUUUAUCGCAUCCUGGCUGGUGGAUCGCAUACUCGUCUUCAUAUUUGGGCAUGUGCGUGUGAAAUCUUUAUGA